GUAGCAACAGUUAAACAAGACGCUGAGAAAAUGUCAGCCAGGAGAAAAGAAGGAGCAGUGGAGGAGAACAAGGAGAGCUUCUCAGAGGAGAGGAGGAGUGCUGAGGAGGAGGACUUUGAGGAGGCGAUGAGGGAGGCUGCCUCCUCCGCUGCCCCCAGAACAAAACAUGGACCACCCAAACAACACAUCAUCCUCAACAUCCCGGAGGCGGUGGAUGACUUCCUGAGGAACUUCCUCCGGAGAGCCGGCUUGAGCCAGACUCUGGACAGUUUUGAGGCCGAGUGGUACGGCUCCGCGCAGAAACUGCUGACAGAAACCCUGAGGACGUCUCCAGCUGGGGUCUUCUUCAUCCCUGAUGCUCUCACACACAGGCAGCUGCUCCAGAGUGAGCUGGAGACGGUCCGCAGGGAGACCGACCUGCUCAGGCAGGAGGUGCUGGCUGCAGGGGAGAGCCUGGUGAGGAUGCAGAGGGAGAGGGAUUUCCACCGGCAGCAGUACCGGCGAGCUGCUGAGGACAAAAACAGGCUGAUUGAAGACUUCAAACAGUUGAAGAAACAUCUGGAGUCCUACGAACCGGCGCUGAGGAAGCUGGACGACAAAUACCAAGCAGCUCUGAGGCAGAAGAUGCUCCUCAGUCUGGAAAAGGAUCGAGUUCAAAACACCACAGACGCAAGACUGAGUCAAGAAAAACCCAGAAACAAGACAGAGAGAAGCAUCAAAAAGAGCGCUGAUAAAUCGUCAGCAAGCACCAGCAGACAUCCAAAAGAUUCAGAGUUCUCUGUCUGCAGCAGGCCGGUCAACCUUCACCUGGCACAGGUAACAUCUCAAAAAUGCAGAAGCCCCAGUUCCUUCAGCCUGUCCUGCUCCAUCAAAGCUCACAAGCUUCCUAUCAGCUGUAUCGACCUGCACCCGCGAAAACUGAUCCUCGCCUCUGCCAGUGACGACCGCAGCUGGAGGCUGUGGGCGCUGCCGGCCAGCGGAGAGAAGGUUGGUCAGAGGGUGCUGACAGGUGAGGAUCACUCUGAUUGGCUGUCUGGCUGCAGUUUUCACCCUGAAGGAGGAAAACUGGCAACGACCAGUGGAGACACUACAGUGCGGCUCUGGGAUUUCUCUCGUGGCUGCUGUGUGUUGACGCUGUCCGGUCACAGCCAGCCCACCUGGGGCUGCUCCUUCCAUUCCUGUGGUCACUUCCUGGCCUCCUGCUCCGCUGACAGAACCGCCAAGUUGUGGGACCUGAACAGCCAGCGCUGCCGCCUCACACUGCGUCGCCACACCGCUUCCGUCAACAGCAUCUGCUUCCUGCCCUUCUCCAACCUCCUCCUCACCUGCUCGGCUGACAAAACCCUCGCCCUGUGGGACGCCAGGCUGGGAGUCUGCACUGCCACCUUUCAUGGACACCAGCACCCCUGCAACCAUGCCACCUUUGACCUAACAGGCGAGGUCGUGGCCUCCUGCGACUCCCACGGCCUCGUCAACCUGUGGGACAUCAGGAGGCCUGCAUCAGCAGUGGCCACUGUAGAUGCUGGGCCGCUGGGUGCCAACCAGGUGGCGUUCAGCCCAUCAGGGAAGAUGCUGGCGGUCGCCAGUAAUGACAGUCUGGUCAGGCUGGUGGAGGUGGAUUCCCACGCGGUGAGCAGCCUGUCGGGUCACAGAGAUGGCGUACAGAGCGUGACAUUUGACCACAAGGGGGAGAUUGUGAUAUCAGCGGGGAGUGAUGGGCUGAUUAAUGUCUGGUCGUGAUAUAAUGUGAACGAAGAAAUGAGAAACUGAGUGAAUACAGCUAAUGAUAUUUUAGAUGACAAUCAAAUUGUUUUCAGCAGAAUUUGGUUUUCUUGUGAUCAUAAAAGAGACAUCAGUUUCAGUACCAUUACCAAAAGCAAUAUUUUCUUUGAUACCUUAACUUGAGCAAUACGUUUUUUGACAAAAAUCUUUUCAACAAAAGAAGCCAAAGUUCCCAAAUGUCAAAUGUCUCAACACAAACAGCUGUGCAAAAGCUUUAAAUAAAAUACAGAGAAAAGUGGGCAAAAUUAUGAUUUAAUUCAAGAAAGAUUAAGUGAACGAGACUAUGAAGCUAUGAAUCAUCAUUCAAAGCUUUUAGUUCUUGACAGUUUUUGAUACUUGGUGAUACAGAUUUUGAUCAAAACCCAGCUCUAAUCUCACUAUAACAAGCCUAUAAAAGAAUUUUCUCAUGAU